AUGGAUGCUUUUAUUGGAAGCUGGAAACUUGUGAAAAAUGAAAACUUUGAUAUGAUAAUGGCAAGUACUAUGAACCUGGAAGGAGAAAAACUCAUCCAUGUACGGCUUUACGAGGGUUUUGAGUUAACGACUGUCUGGGAGAUCCAGGAUGGGAAACUGAUCUCGACUAUGAUAUGUGACGACGUCACAGCAGUACGUACAUAUGAGAAGGUGUAA